UUUGACGCCCUCGAGCGCAUUCUGGUCAUUGGAGAUGGCGACUUGAGUUACAGCAGAAGUCUGGUGGAUACACACGGUUGCGCUGCCUUGUUGGCUACGACAUAUGAUUCCGCAGCCGAGUUGGCGGAAAAAUAUCCGCAAGCACAGGAGAACAAGGAGGCUAUCGAGGCAGAAGAGCAAAGGGUACUACAUGGGGUUGAUGCGACGAAGCUUGGUCAAAGAGAAGUCAAGAAACAGGCCGGAGGUUGGGAGCGAGUCAUCUUCAACUUCCCUCAUGUCGGCGGAAAGAGCACGGAUGUGAACAGGCAGGUCAGGUACAACCAAGAGAUGCUCGUCUCUUUCUUCGGGGCUGUAACUCCCUUGCUCGCUCCUCAUGGCACAGUCAUCGUCACUCUGUUCGAAGGCGAACCAUAUACCCUCUGGAACAUUCGCGAUCUAGGCCGUCAUGCUGGUCUCGAAGUCCAACGCAGCUUCCGUUUCCAAGCAGAUGCCUAUCCAGGAUAUGCUCAUGCACGCACACUAGGCAACAUUGAAGGAGGUGGAGGCUGGAAGGGAGAAGAAAGACUUUCAAGAAGCUAUGUCUUCCAGAUC